GCGGCUGCGAGAGGCCCCCGGGUGACGGCGGCGGCGGCGCGACGGGAGCGGGCGUGAUUCUGAGGAAGUGCUGGCAGUUCCUUUGGCCUUUUGCCCCUCUAGUUCCCGAGGCAAUGCCAAAAGUGAAGAGGAGCAGGAAGCCUCCCCCGGAUGGCUGGGAGCUGAUUGAGCCCACACUGGACGAGCUGGAUCAGAAGAUGAGAGAAGCGGAGACAGAGCCACACGAAGGGAAGAGGAAAGUGGAGUCGCUCUGGCCCAUCUUCAGGAUCCACCACCAGAAAACACGUUACAUCUUUGAUCUCUUCUACAAGAGAAAAGCAAUCAGCAGAGAGCUCUAUGAGUACUGCAUCAAGGAGGGCUAUGCUGACAAAAACCUGAUUGCCAAGUGGAAGAAGCAGGGCUAUGAGAACCUCUGCUGCCUGCGCUGCAUCCAGACUCGGGACACCAACUUUGGGACCAACUGCAUCUGCAGGGUCCCCAAAAGCAAGCUGGAAGUGGGCAGAAUCAUUGAGUGCACUCACUGUGGAUGCAGAGGCUGCUCUGGGUGAAGCCUUUUGCCAUCAAACUUGUUUUUUUGAACUCUGAGGGAUAUCCUCCUCUUCCUCCUCAAUGGACUAUGAGUGCAAUUACAGCCACAUUCUGUGAUGGGAUAUUUCUGUAUAAUAAUUAAAGCAGCAGCAUGAUCACCUGGAUCGUGCAUAAAUGGGGGGGCUUUGGAGUAGGGUUUUGUGUAGCCAUUUAUUUUAAAAUAAAGCUUGACUACCUGA